AUGAGCAAGAAGCUGCACCCGAAUGAGCAUUUAUCUCCCAACAUCAUCAAAGAUGUUACAUCGGGAAGUCCUGGAAUUGUGGCUGGAGAAAUCGCAGCAGAAGAGGAAGGAUUGAUAAAUCAAUCAGUAUUAAAAUCACAUUCUUAUGGUUCAAUUGAGAGAGGGAGCAACGGAGAGUUGACAGCUAAUGAAGAGACUGAAACUGAAGAAAAUGACGAAUACGCGUUGCCAAUGGGGAAACUUUAUACUGUGGUCUUCAGCAUCUUCAUGGGAUCUUACUUGGCAGCGUUAGAUACGACUGUUGUAACCACAUUAUUGUCGAUUAUUGCAUCAGAUUUGAAUGCCGUUGGUAGUAUAUCGUGGAUUGCGACAUCAUAUUUAUUGUCUAAUGCAGCCUUCCAGCCCUUGUUCGGUAAGCUUUCAGAUAUUUUUGGCCGGAAAUCGCUUCUCCUAACAUCUUGUGCUCUUUUUACUAUAGGUUGUGUUGUAUGUGCUACAGACUCCUUGAUUUGGUUGAUAGUUGGACGAUUUGUCACAGGAUGUGGAGGUUCUGGUCUAACAACCGUAGGAACUAUUACAAUGUCAGAUUUAAUUCCUUUGAGAGACAGAGGCUUGUAUCAGGGCCUUGCAAAUGUGUUUUUCGGGCUUGGCGCAGCAUCUGGGGGACUCGUGGGGGGAAUAAUUGCCGAUACCUUAGGUUGGAAGUAUGUCUUUAUUUUGCAGGUCCCCAUUUCUCUUUUAGUUGGUUUUUUGAUUUAUCAGUUCUUAGUUUUGCCUGUUGGAUCUCCUGGAUUAGGAGCUCACGGAGAGGAUAUUAAACAAAAAGUAAAAAGAGUAGAUUUUAUGGGGUCUUUCUUUUUAGUUUCGUCUCUUAUGUGCUUCAUGACCUUAGCAUCUCUAGGUGGAACUAAAAUACCAUUCAGCUCUUUAAACUUUAUUGGCUUAGCUCUUGCAGGGACAGUGUUGUUGCUGAUGUUCAUAUACGUUGAGUUGCGCGUCUCAAAUGAACCCAUUUUACCUUUAGAAUUAUUUGCCGAAAGAACGGUAUUAUCGUCCUCUUUAACAAAUUGGUUUUAUACCAUGGGAGUUUUCGCUGGAUUGUUCUACGUACCUAUUUACUUCACAUCAGUUUUAGGAUUGAGUGCUACUCAGAAUGGAGAGAGAACGGUAGCUAAUUUCUUUGCAACCUCUUUCGGAUCUGUGGGAGCUGGUUACUAUAUGAAAAAAACAGGAAAAUACUACAAGUUGACCGUGGUUGUUGGCGUAAUUUCUAUUCUCGGAUCUGUGAGGAUAUUAUUGAUGUCAACGAAACCAUCAUUAUUUAUGCAGUUUACGGCAGCCUUUCCUUGUGUUUACGGGUAUUCAAAUAUUUUGACUAUAACGUUAUUAUCCUUGAUCGCGUCAGUACCUCUCAAGUACCAGGCAUGCACUACAUCUAUUCAGUAUACUUUCAGAUCGACAGGUUCUACUUUAGGUGUGUCUAUAGGGUCUGCACUUUUUCAAAAUCUUCUCAAGAGCAAUUUGAAUGAUAGAAUUCAUCAAUUAAUAUCUGAUCCCCUUGUGGCUGACAAAAUAAUUCAUAAGGCUUUGGAUAGUGCAAGAUAUGUAAAUGAAGCCCCAAAAAUUGUCCGUGAAGCUAUAGUGGAAUCUUAUGCUUUAGGCUGUAAAGGGUCAUUUGCCUUUAGUGUUGCUACUAUUUCCUUGGGAUUCUUAAGUUCCCUUUUUAUUAGAGAGCAUGUAUUGCAUUCCAAGAUGAAUAGAGAUUGA